UAUGUUACAAAAAGUAAAUCUAUUUUCCGUCUCUUUAAUGAAUCUAACAGCUAUUCGUCGAAUAGAAACAACGCACCCUUAAAUUGAUUCCACUAUCCACAAACAGUUAUUUUUUGUCCUCCCUUAUUACAAUAUUCUUACGUUGUCACUUCGGUGUAAACAAAAACAAACCCCUUAAAUAAACAACCCCUUUGUCUUGCAUGCUUUAUUUGUAAACAACUUCAUAUACCAUGCCAACGGUUGCCAUAACGGCAUGCAAUUUCCAUAACACAACCAGUCCGCAAGAAAAUCUUCAGUUUUUCAAACUUUCUCUACAAGACAACAUCUAUAUAACCAAAUAUCUAGAGGGAGAUAUAUUCAGGCUCCAGAGUGAUGUCCAAUAAAACAAAAUUUAUUAUCAACACUUCUGUUGAUUACUUUGAUGCAAUAUCCGGUCAUGAGGACCACCAACCCAUUGUUGAGUUCCUGGAAUCCGACGAAAUCACAGUACUUGCCGCAACCACCACCGAUGGCAAACUCAAGUUUCACCACCAAAUUCCGAACGACAAUGUCUGUUUGUUGUUCUAUAAGAUUCCCAAAGUUGGUUCACCGUCCUCGUCGUCAUCGUCGUCGUCGGGUGGAAUUGGAAGAGGGGGUGGAGCACAAACAAGAACUCCCGAAGUGAUGGAUAACCAGAGCUUGGGAAUGCUUACCCUAGAGGGUGGCAUGGUAAAAUCGAUUUACAAUUCCAUGUCCAGAGUGUUUUCGCCGCAUGCGGUGGUUAAGAAGACUGAAUAUAGUCCGGAGUUGAGUGGCCUACUUGAGAGUUUACAUGUUUCAUUGGGUUCAACAUUGGGAUUACCACAAUCAGGCAUAGCUUCAAUAAAUGAUGAAAUUAAAUUUUGGAAGCAAAAAUUGGAUAGCUCUAAAUCGAGAGUGGACAGAGAAAUGGCACAGGUUUUUAUUGGAGCUCUUGACAAUAUUGAAAAACAAAUAAGAAAAAUUGACUCAAAUUCGAUGGGAACAGUUGAAGAAUUUCUAGAUGCAGCUCAUAACAAUUUGGACGAGCUUUGGCGUUUGCCUUAUCGGUUUCCACAGAAUCGCAUGGCCGAUUUACUUGAUAUACUAGGAAACUUAAUUCUAGAAGUUUGCAUUGAAAACUUAAGGACUGAAAACAUUUGGAAUUUAAGCUCUUAUCAUGUAAGUAAUUCAAUGAGUCAGUGCCAUGAUGUUAUAGAUUCUUGGAUACAACUUUGUGACUCCUUGACACGACUUUUUUGGCCUAACUACGUUCAACAUCCAUGGACUGGUGAGCCUCAUAUACCGAAACGUGGACGGCUUUUUAAGGAACGUCUUGUGGAGAUCAAAAAUAUUAAGAACCUUUUCAAACAAAUAAUAACUCUAUUGGAUGAUGAUUCUAUAAGAAAUAUAUUUCUUGAGAAUUCAAUUUUUAAAGAAAUCAAUGUUUUCGACACAACAGAAAAGGGAAAAAGUCUUUGGAAUAAAGCACUAAAUCAAUUCGAACACGUACUUCAACCCAUCGAUGAAAGAAUAGCAUUUGCUCUAAAAGCACAACUUCAUAAAUAUCUUAGCAAUGCAAGACAGAUUAUUUUUAUUUUUUCAAAAUAUGAGACGCUUAUCCAAAGGCCAACAGUCUUGGAGUUACUUACAAUUGAAAGGGAACAGUUCGUACAAUCAUUGCAUAUUCUCUUACAAGACUUGCGAAAGGCAAUGAAUGAUACUAAUAUGGAACCAGAUACAGGGCACCUAUCGGUUAUUUGCAAUGAAUGCCGAUGGCUCAAAGUGGUACAAUAUCAGAUCAUGGAAAUAGAAAAAGUGAGCCAUCUUAUCAGUGGCCGCGAGGGAUUUGAACAAAUUAAUAAAGUCGUUCAGGAAAUAAAGGAAGAAACAGAAUCACUUUUACGAACUAAUUUUGAGAUCUGGUGCGGGCAGUGUACAACAGCUGUUAAAAGUGGUGAAUUAAGACUUCGUGACGAUCAACCUGUUGUAAAAUUUGAAAAGGAAGGCCGUCAAUUAAUGCGGGUUACAUUCAAUCCAAAACUUGUAACAUUUUGUCAAGAUGUUAGAGAGUUUGAAAACCUCGGCUACACAGUACCAAUUGAACUACGUUCUUCUGCAACCCAUGCCGCUAAGUUUAUGUCGUAUGCACGUCGCCUUCAACAAAUUGCAACAUUUCACAAUACAAUUGGCGAUAGAAUGAUACCCUGUCAACGGCCAAUUAUGUUGAAAAAUGCAAUGGAACUUUCAAAACUCGUUCAGGGUGAGCCUGCAGCUUGGAAUGAUGAAGAAUCUGUUCAAAGUUAUGUAUCUGUUUUGCAAACUGCUGUUUCAAAACUAUCAGCUGAUAACAACCUUCUAGUUGGGUAUCACGAACAAGCUAAAAGAACGAUUGUGAAACUUAUGAACACUGAUCUUUUUACACAAGGACAGAUUUGGAAAGAUGAAAUGCGUCACUUGCGAGAGUUAGUUGCUAGUUUAGAACGUCAGAACUACACAAAUCUAGAUGCUUUUAAGUUACAUUGGGAUCAUCAGCUGUAUAAAGUUUUGGAGUACCAAUACCUUAUUGGUGUAACUGAUAUGAACAAUAAAUUGCCAGACAUACAUAUCGAUAUCAUGUUUCGACAACGUCAACUCUUAUUUCGACCCACAGAAGAAGAGAUUCGAGAAAAGUAUUUCACACAACUCCGUCGAUUUCUCGAACGACCAUGUGGAUUUCGUGGCCUUUCGGAAAAAAGUACUGAUCUUUUCAAAAAUAUGGUGGAAAUAAACCGAAAUCAGUUUGGGCCUCUUUUUAAAAAAGCUGAAGACCUUUUUGCAAAGCUUACGCAAUUCAAGGCAAUUUGGAAGCCUUGGAUUGCACUUGGCUGUGUUGACAUUGAAGAACUAUGCAGUAUUCAUUUGAAUACCUGGGAAGAUUGGGAUAGAAAUUUCAAGGCGUGCAAGCAUUUUAGUCAAAACGUUGCCAAGUUACAAAAUGCUGAAGAACAAAUCGAUUGUUUCGUUAUAAAUAUACUACCCCUUCGUUCUGAUAUCGAAUUCAUAAGUCGACGUUAUUGGGAAGUUCUAUCCAAUAGUUUGAGAACAUCAAUCCUUAACGAUGUCAAUAUUAUUCAAGAAUUUCUUCAAUCAUCUAUGCAAUUCUUAGAAAAUGUUCCAAUGGAUGAAGCCUCAAUUACUGAAUCGGGCAUGAAAUAUGAAAAGAUGACUUCUGAGUUGCCAAAAAUAAGCACAACUUUAGAAAUUGUCAAGGGCAAAGAUACCUGCCUAGCAGGCUGGUGCAAAGAACGUGUCUCAGCCCUAGCGAAUAUACUUCAAGAAUGGGAAAAAUUGCAACCACUCAUUGAAAACCAUGCUGUUAUUCUUCAAAGACAAGUCGACAUUAUUAAGGAUCAAGCCAACUCCCAAAUUCAAAAUCUUCAAUCUGAAGCUGAAAAGUUUAUUCUUCGCUGGGAAUCUACUGUAGCCGAACUGGAAGCUAACGAAGAAGCAACUUUAGAUCUUUUCAAAGAAAGAAAUGAUCAUUGGAAUGGUAUCAAAGAGAAAAAGGAUCAACUUAUUUCUGAAUGUUCUAAAUUUAAUAUGGAAUUUCCGGAAGAACUUCUUCAGCCAUUCGAAGAAAUCGAUGUUAAAGUUCAAGCUCAGGCAAAUCAAUGGAAAGUAUUUGAUGACUUUUCAACGGAACUUGAAACUCUAAAAGGAGAAGAAUGGGCUAUUUACCGUCGUAGACCUUAUUCAUUGACAGAAUUUAUAACUAAAUGGGAAGGUUCGGUGCAUUCAUCAAUUGAUUUGCCUUCAAAACGAAUAAGGCAAACUGUGGAUCGCCUUCAAACUGUUGUACCAAUCUUACAAAUUCUUCAAUCUGAUGCCUUGAACGAAAGACAUUGGGCUAAGAUUUUUAUGAUUCUAAAUAAGGAACCCAAACCGACGCAUAGCAUCAUUUUAAAAGAUGUUCUCGAAAAUUCAAAUGCCUUAGUGACUUCUUCAUCAGAAAUUGGGAAUAUAGCUAAACAGGCAGCAGCAGAACAAAUAGUUCGACAAGCCUUAAACGAACUUGAUCAAUGGGCUGUUACGGCCACACUGAAAUUGACUAUGCACACCGAUUCCUCCGGAAAUAGCGUUUCACUGAUAAAAGAUUAUCAAGACAUUUUGAACAAGAUUGGAGACAAUCAAUCGUUACUUCAGUCGGCUAAGAACUCUAGCGCUUUUGAUGCUUUCUCAGAUCAAGCUGAGUUAUGGGAAAGUCGACUUAAUUCCUUGGAUAAUUUGCUGACAGGACUAAAUAGAUCACAGAGAAGAUGGGUCUAUCUAGAACCAGUAUUUGGUGCUGGCACACUUAAAAACGAAGAAGCUCUCUUUAAACGAAUCGACAAAGAUUUUCGCUAUGUAAUGCGUGAAAUUCAAUCUGACGCCAGGGUUAUAUCCAUCAUAAAAAUCAAUAACAUCUCGACAAUUGUAAAUUCCUUGGAGAAUCAAUUGUCCCGGUGUCAGAACAAUCUAACGUCUUAUAUCAUGGACAAAAGAAAUUCCUUUCCAAGAUUCUAUUUUCUUGGUGACGAUGACUUAUUGGAAAUUCUUGGACAGGCAUCAAAGGAGGAGAUUAUUCAAAAGCAUAUCAGGAAGCUUUUUCCCGGAUGCCACAGUCUCAGUGUAGCCACAAUGAGCGAUGUGAAUACCAUUAAGGCAGUGCAUAGUGCCGAAGGGGAUGUGUUGACUUUGGGACAAUCGGUGCAGAUGAGAGGUCCUAUCGAGAACUGGCUGAAUUUGCUUGUGACAUCGAUUCAGGACACCCUCAAGGACCAAAUAGUUCAGUGUUAUGCAAAAGUAAAUAGUUUCAACGAGCAAAUUAUCGAGAUUUAUCCCGUUCAGGUGUUGAGCAUUGCAAAAGCGGUUAACUUUACCGUUCAAGCGGAAAGAGCGAUUGGCUCGAUGUCUUUGCAAAAGUUACUACAAUCGCUAAAUGAGGAAAUUGCUAAACUUUCAAAGAUGAAAAAUCAAAGCAAAGAUUCGCUGAUGCGAAUGAAGUUAAGAGCUCUUUUGUUCGAUUUGGUGCAUUAUGUGACAAUAGUAGAGGAAUUGGUGCAGUACAAUGUUACCAAUGUCUCAGAUUGGCAUUGGUUGCAACAGAUGAAGUUUUAUUUGGAUUCUAAUUCGCGGAUUGUGAUUAAGAUGGUUUUUGCCGAAUUUGAAUAUUCAUAUGAGUUUUUGGGAAAUCCAAAUCAAUUGGUUAGUACAAGUUUAACGCACAAAUGCUACUUGAUUUUAACACAAGCCAUGCAUAUGGGACUUGGUGGUAAUCCAUUUGGGCCAGCUGGAACGGGAAAAACUGAAUGUGUAAAAGCAUUGGGCGCUCAGAUGGGACGUUUGGUGCUGGUGUUUAAUUGCGAUGAGAAUAUUGAUUCGGAAGCAAUGGGUUUAAUACUCACUGGCCUUGCACGUUGUGGAGCCUGGGGCUGUUUUGAUGAGUUCAACCGCCUACAAGAAGCAACACUAUCCGCUAUUUCCAUGUUGAUUCAACCCAUUCAAAUAGCACUAAAAGAGAAAUCGGAACAAGUACAAAUUUUAGACAAAACUGUCAAAAUCAAUCACCAUUGUGGUAUCUUUGUCACCCUAAAUCCUGCUGGCGAGGAAUAUGGUGGUCGUCAGAAGCUUCCGGGAAAUAUACAAGCCCUUUUUAGACCUAUUGUAAUGCAACAACCAGAACCCAAGGAGAUUUCACGAGUCAUGCUAUUCGUGGAGGGCUAUAAAACAGCACACGAAAUCGGCGAUCGUAUAGUGGAACUCUUUGAUAUGUGCAAGAAGAUGCUAUCAAAUCAACGUCACUACGAUUGGGGCCUUCGCGAACUAAAAACUAUCCUUCUUGCUUGCGGUAGUGAGCUGUUUACCACAUCCCCCUCUUUGGCAUCCAGUGAAAACAACGAAAUGGAAAUUGUCGUACAGUGCUUACGCGCCAACACGAUGUCAAAGCUUACUCAACCAGACACCAAACUAUUCGAUAUGUUAUUGCAAAAUGUAUUUCCCGAAAUUGAAAUCACCACUCAGCGGGGCUCAACGCUGAUGCAACGCAUUGCCGAAUCCUUUGCCACUCUCGGAAUGUGUCCCAAUGACAGGCAAAUUGAAAAGGCUCUUCAACUUCAUGAACAGCUUGUCAAACGAAUGGGGGUGGUGCUAGUUGGCCCUCCAGGUUCGGGAAAGACGUCCAUCAUCAAUGUGUUGCGACAGGCUUUAGCUGCAAAUGGACGCACAAUCCGGACACAUACUAUUAGUCCAAAAUCUAUGAGUCGUGUGCAGUUGCUGGGUAAACUUGACGCCGACACAAGACAAUGGACCGAUGGUGUUCUAACCACAACGGCUGUGGCUGUAAAUUCAGAGCCAGCGAACAUUCACUCUUGGAUAAUAUGCGAUGGCAGUAUUGAUCCGGAGUGGAUUGAAGCAUUGAAUUCAGUUUUGGAUGACAACAAGUUAUUAACCCUACCAUCAGGCUGGCGUAUACAAUUCGGAAAUAAUGUUAAUUUCAUCUUUGAAACACACGACUUAUCACAUGCUUCACCAGCCACAAUAUCAAGAAUGGGAAUUGUUAACUUAAGUUCCGACGAUUUAACAAGAGAGAUUAUUUUGGAUGCGCAUUUGGCCAAAGAAGAAUAUAGUGACCUCAUCCGAUCGUAUUGCAAGGAUUACUUCGAACCAGCUAUUAAUUGGGUGGAAAAAGAAUAUCUCCACUCUUUACCAUCUCUGGCUAGAAUCUCUCUAACUUGGUCACUUCUUACCAACAUGAUUCAUAUCCAAAGCAAAGAACAGUUCUGUAUCUGCCUUCUGCGAAGUUGUAGCGGAUUUUUACCUCCGGAAAAACACAACGAUUUCGCAAACUAUAUUUUCGAACUAUCAAAUGUGUAUACACCAAACCCCUCUAAGAGCCAUUUGACCUAUUACAAUCAAGAUCGUGAUGCAAUUGAAUUAUUUGAAUCUGAUUUUUCUCUUGAAAAUACUGAGAUUCAACUCAUUAGAACCGACCAAGUGAAGUCUUAUUUGGAGAUUUUGCGUGUUUUCUUAGAUACACCUUGCUCAAAACCGUUCCUUAUAGUUGGACCUUCGGGAUGUGGCAAGUCCCUGCUCAUUCAAGAAGCAGUAAGUGAAUAUGGUGGUUAUGUGCUGAAAAUCAUAAAUUGCAGUACACAACUGACACCAGCUUAUAUUCUUCAUAUUCUUAAACAAAGUUGUGUUACUGUAACGGGUUUAAAAGGAAGAGAAUAUAAACCGCAACAAGUUCGAGUUAUUCUUUUCUUCAAGAAUUUGGAUCUUUGUCAUAUAGAUGCAUGGGGAACAAGUGAAGUAGUUGAAUUUAUUUUACAACUUCUUCAAAGAAAUGGAUUUUAUGACGACAACUUGGAAUGGAUAAAUGUUUCUGGAAUACAGAUUUGUGGAUCAAUUUCAGAUUCAAAUUCUCGGUUGAAAAGAAUAUCGCCACGAUUUUUGUCGUGCAAUAAUUUUUUGAGGGUUAGCUUCCCUUUGACAAGUGAUAUGGAAUCAAUUGUUCAAAAUCGCCUAGAACCAAUUUUGAUGAGAUUUAAAAAUCCACCAAAUUCAAUGGACCUUGCCCGAUGUUUGUUAGAUUUUUUUACACAGAUUCAAGAAACUUUCAAUGUGAUUCAAGGUUUUGCUCAUUAUCAAUUUACGCCAAAGAUUAUAAUGAAUUUCAUAGUGGGAUUGAACAAUUAUCCAGAAGAUUCAUUUAAUGAGGCUCUCAUUUGUGAGCUGGUUUCGAUAUUUAAAGACCGUCUUGCAACCAAUGAAGACGUCGAAAAAUUCGACGAUAUCUUAAGAGAUACAAUGCGAAAGUUUUACGGAAAAGAGAAAAUAUUUUUCAUUCCGAAAUCACCGAAAGAUUCUUUGCUAAUGGCACUUGCCCACGAUGAGUGGAUGGAAGAAGUUCAGAGAUUAAUAGCUAUUUGCAAUUCGGAAACAUACAUCAUAGAUGAGCCUAUUACAAAAGAAUUAUUAGAGCAAUCAUCGAAAAUUGCACGAACAAUUUCCAGACCAAAUACUCAUUUAAUGAUUAUAGCACAACCAAGUGGCAGGCAUAUAGACGCUUUAUAUAUCGCCUCAACACAAUUGCAAGCAAAAGUUCUCCUUCCCCAAGGAGUGAAGGAGUAUAAUCUUGCAGAUUUUUACAAUGAUUUGAAACUGGCUAUGCAAACAGCUGCUCUAGAAGAUCAAUGUACCUGUUUGCUUAUCGACCAUUGCUGGAUUACUCAUUUACCAGAUAUAAUGAAACCAAUCGAAGCAAUUCUUGAAGGAAGCGAAAUUUUGGAUUUGUUUGGAGAUGAUUUGGAUUCAAUGGCCAGUUCGUUAAAACAUUAUGCACAAUUGGAAGGAUAUCAAGACUCAAUGGGUUCAUAUUUCAUUGAACGCUCUAAAAGAAAUCUUCAUUUUGUUCUUGUCUUGGAUCCAACUAGCGAAAAGACAAACGAAUACUUUGACAUUUAUCCAGCUCUUUAUAGAAACAUGGAAUUUCUUUGUGUUAGAGAAAUGUCCUCCGAAACUGCAGGAAUGUUGCCAAAAAAAUUCAUUGAAUCUCUAUGUGAAGGCAAGGAAGAUGCAGUUCCAGUAUCUUCAUACUUUUCGCAUGUCCUGAAUGACCUUAUCCAACAACAAUCUCCAAAGCGUUUUUAUCAGUUGAUUCGAUCAUAUUUUUCAAUUUAUUGUCAUUUCUCUCAGGAUAUUGAUAAACGCUUAGAUAAAUUACAGAUGGGUGUUAGUAAACUUGCAUCAGCUCACAAAGUAGUUGCAACUCUCAAGUCAAAUGCUGGAUCGCAGGAAGAAGCGCUCGCUGAAAAACGAAAACUAGCAAAUGACGCUUUGGAAAUGAUUUCAGUCACAAUGCGAAAUGCAAACGAGCAAAAAUCAAGCAUGUUGGAACUUAAGAAGCAGGCACAGGUGAAUAAUGAAAAGCUAAAGGAGCGUCAACGUGCAAUUCAAAUCGAACUAAGCGAGGUAGAACCAAUACUUAAAGAAGCUAGUGCUGCUGUUGGUCAAAUUAAAUCCGAAGCUCUCUCUGAAAUUCGAUCAUUGCGCGCUCCCCCGGAAGCUAUAAGAGACAUUCUCGAAGGAGUUUUGAGAUUGAUGGGUAUAAGAGAUACGUCUUGGAACAGUAUGAAGACGUUUUUGGCCAAACGAGGUGUCAAAGAAGAUAUUCGAUCGCUGGAUCCAGGUCGAAUCAGUCCAGAAAACUGUGAAGCAGUUGAAAAAUUACUCCAAUCUAAAGCUGAUUCGUUUGAAUUACGAAAUGCCAAACGUGCUUCAGUCGCGGCUGCACCAUUGGCUACCUGGGUCAAGGCCAGUGUCAGAUAUUCCAAAGUCAUACAGAGCAUAAAACCACUGGAGAGAGAACAAAAUGAGCUCCAACGGAAUCUUGAUGUUGCCGACAGUGAAAUGAAGUCAUUGAUGACAGGAUUGGAUGAUGUUGAUGCACGAGUAAAAGAAUUAUCUGGCCGUUUGAAUGCAUACACACAGGAAGCAGCUGUGUUGGAGUUAAAAUUGGAAGAAGCAAGGACUACACUGAAUUCAGCAGAAGUAUUAGUGGACAAAUUGAGUUCUGAGUUUCAAACGUGGAGCGUACAACUCGAAGAAUAUAAUCAAUCUUAUAAGACAUUGGACACUAAGUCAUUGCUUUUAUCUUUGGCUAUCAAUUAUUGCUCUCAUUUGAGCUUUGAAAAGAGAUUAUCUGUAAUUGAUUAUUUAACAACUGACAUGCAUAUUCCGCAAUUCAACAUUACAAAAAAUCUUCUUUCGGAUCAGGAACAAAUUAUUUGGGAGAGUAUGGGUCUAGCUCGUGAUGCCCAAGUCAUCGAAAACGCAGCUAUUUUAGCCCAAAUGAUUGACCUUCCGUUUGCCACUUGUCCUAUCCCUCUGGUAAUCGAUCCCUCACAAAUGGCUUAUACCUGGCUUCAAGAAUAUCUACGCAAUAAGAACAAAUCCUUUGAAGUUACAACACAAAAUAAUGACCGAUUUCCCUACACCGUUGAGUUGGCGGUGAGAUUUGGAAAGAUCCUUAUCGUUCAAGAGUGCCAAGACCUUCGACCACCCUUGUUGCAACUGGUAAAAGCAAAUUUUUUCAUUAAAUUUGGUAAGAAAUUGUUGGAAGUUGGGGGAAAGUUAGUGGAUAUACAUGAAAACUUUAAGCUUGUAAUGUUUUCAAAAACCGAUAAACUAAGCAUCGCAAUGGAAACCAAAACUUAUUGUACUUGUAUUCCAUUUACUGUGACAACAGUUGGAUUAACCGAUCAACUUAUAUCAAAAACAAUCAUUUUGAAGAAUCCCAAUUUGGAAAAGAAACGCGUGGACUUACUCAGAAACGAGGGAGUUCUCUUAAAGCAAAGAAUAGAUUUGGAGGAUAAACUUUUACAGGAAUUGUCUGAAGCGCAGGGUGAUAUUCUUAAGAAUGAAAAGCUUUUAAAAACCUUAAAUGAAGUCAAAGAGAGCAGUAGCCAUAUUGACAAGUCAUUAAAAGAAUCAGCUAUUGUAAGAGACAGUUUAUUGGAGGAGUACAACCAAUUUCAGGUAUUGUGCUCGAACGCAGCUAAUUUUUAUAUGGGACUUAAUAAGCUCUAUGAGGUAUCACCGGCAGUUUUUAUGAAUCUCUUUUUAAAGAGUGUAGAGUCUGUCGAAGACACAGAUGAAACGAAAAUCUAUGCAUCUUUGGUGAGAACUACUUUUCAGUAUCUAGCCCGUUCAACUCCAAGAGAAUCGCAUAUAACUUUGGCGAUCUUUGUCUGUAAAAACGCAUACCCAGACCGAAUAACUCAAAAGGAAUGGGAAUUAUUCGUUACGAAUUUCAUGACUAGCAGUGAUGGUUCAUCACGUUUCGCUUUGCCAUCUUGGAUUGAUGGAGAUGCACAAACAAAGCUGACCAUUCUUCUCACACAAUGCCCAGAACUUGAAACCUCUCUUCAACUUAAUAAUGAUAGGCUCUGGCGUCCGUUUGUAGAAGAAAAAAAUACUAAUCAAAUUCCGGUAGAUGUUAAGGCAUUCCAAAAGGUAUUGAUCGCUCAAAUUCUACGACCAGAUCUCAUCAUUCAGACUCUGAGCUCAACAGCAUCGCAAAUUUUGGGACUGUCUAUUGAUUCGGUAAUGCAGCCUACGAUGGAACAGCUUACUGAAGAAAGUUCGUCGAAUAAACCAGUUUUGGUUAUCACUCAGCCAGAAAGUGAUCCAGCUGUGGAAAUUCGAAACUUGGCUUUGAAGAGGCUAGGAGCUGGGAAAUAUACAGAGCUUUCAAUUGGCCGCGGAAUGGAGAGAAAAACUCUUGAAUCAAUUCGCAGAUCAGCAGAGUCUGGACAAUGGAUUUGUGUAAAGAAUGUACAUUUGAUUCCUAAUUGGCUAACAGACCUUGAUCGAGAACUUGAGACUAUGAAGAAGUCCGAAGACUUUCGUUUGUGGAUUAUUUGUGAAUCGAUGAAAGGUUUUUCAGAAGCAGUUAUGUAUAAGUUUGUCAAAGUACUUUUUGAGUUUCCAAACGGAUUGAAGAACAAAGUUCGACGUUUAAUUCAGCAGUACUUGAUUGGAAUGGCUGUCAAUCAAAGUAAGGAUGCAAAAAUUACCAAAUUGAGAAUAGUACUGUUUGUUCUGAAUUCGGUGCUGCAAGAGCGUCGAAAAUAUAUUCCUCAAGGAUGGUCAAAAUGGUAUGAGUUUGGAGAUUCAGAUCUUCGUUCGGCGAUUGAAAUUAUUCAAUGGCUUGAAAAUAGUAUUUCAAGUGGGCGCAUAAAUUGGAAAAUAUUACAAAAACUAUGCGAGAAUGUUGCAUAUGGAGGCCGCAUUAGCAACAAUCGAGACUUGUUAGUUUUACAAAAAUACUUGGAAGAGUUUUUUAACUCUGAUUCGACAAGUAAUCGAUGGAGCCCAUUAAAUGCGAAAACGACCAUACCAACAACUUCUAAUAUACAGGAGUAUAUGAAUGCGAUCAUGAAAUUUCCUGAUAUGGACGAGCCAGAUACAUUUAAGCUUUCGCCACAUUCAAAUAUUUCGAGGGAUAUUAUAUUUUCUAGAAAUAUAAUCAAAGCUUUGCGGACUGCUUAUUUUAAAAAUGAGGAACAUAAUAGAAUGGACAAACGUAUAAGACCUAUUUUGAUGGUAUGGAAAAAACUAGCAGGGAAAUCUACCGUUCUUCAAACAUUAAAAGAAGUAGAAGAAUUCAAGGCUUCAACGCCAUGGGAAGCGUUUGUUGUAUCUGAAAUGAAGCGAGGUGGACAAUGCUUUCAGGAAGUUCACAAUACCUUAUCAAAUGUCCACAUUAUACUCAGAGAUUCAAAGAACAUAUCAAUUCAUUUCGAUUCGAAUAUCUUAACAACUUUAGCUGAAAAUCAGGUUCCACUAUCAUGGAGACAAAUUUGGUCCGGUCCACGAACAACAAUUGACUAUUUAAAAGCCUUGAUAAUGAAAUCAAAUGAAGCGGAGCGUCGUUUUAAAUCAGAACUAAGUUUAGAGUUUAUUGAGAGCAUAAACUUGAGCACAGUUUUUAGUUGUGAGACAUUUUUGGCCUGCUUGAAACUUGCUAACUCAAAGAAGCUUCAACAGUCUUCAAAUAAUCUAAUUUUGCAGACCAGUGGAUCAGUGUCCAGUGACAGUAUUGCUGUUAAAAUAGAUUCUGUUAAGAUCGAUGGUGCGCAAUUUCUGAAUGGAAAAUUAAUUGUUUCGUCAACUUUGGCCCAAAAUGGUGAUAAAUCUGAGGAGUUUUACAUGACUUUUAGAAAGAUUGACAACAAUGUUGAAAAGUAUAAAAUGGGAAGUGGAAAAAAUCAAAUACCGUUAUAUUCAAAUGCCGCUAGGGAAAAUCUUAUUUGUUAUGUUGAUAUUGUAACAAACGAAAGUGUGGAUACAAUUUUAUUAUCAGGAGCAGCUUUAAUUGUUAAUGAUUAUUAAUAAAAGUUUUAUUAUA